AUGUCCAGCAUUCCGGGCCGCCUCGGGCGGUACAACGUCGCCAACAGGCUUUACAAGGCCUCGUUACUGAACACUGUGUGUUUGGUCGCCGGUGUUUCAAUCUUCUUUUUUGGCUAUGACCAAGGACUGAUGGGAGGAGUGAACACCGCGCGGAAUUAUGCUGAGCUCAUGGGUUUCGGCCAUUGGGACGAAGACGAGCAAAUUGUCGUGGUAGACAAGCCGUUGCUACAAGGUGGAAUUGUUGCCGUGUAUUACCUCCCCGGAACACUUGUAGGCUGCCUCAUUGGUGGCUGGUUUGGCGAUCGCUACGGAAGGCUCAAAACUAUCGGGGUCGCUUGCAUUUGGUCCAUUCUUACAGCUGCCCUGCAGUCAGCUGCUCAGAAUGCGAACUGGAUGUUUUGUGCUCGAGUCCUAAACGGCAUCGGCACCGGCAUGCUAAACGCUAUCACGCCUGUCUGGGCAACUGAAAUCGCCUCCCAUACUUCACGAGGUAUGUUCGUGGCUAUGGAAUUCACGCUGAACAUUUUCGGUGUAGUUGUUGCAUACUGGCUGCAAUUCGGAACAUCAAAGUACAAAGACCCUACGUCUUCUUUCAUCUGGAGAUUCCCGAUUGCGUUUCAGAUUGUCCCUUUGAUUGCUCUAUUUCUCAUGAUAUGGUUCAUGCCCGAGUCGCCACGAUGGCUCGUGAAAGUGGGGCGUGAGGAAGAGGCCCGUUUUAUUCUUGGGAGACUCCGUGGUAAUGAAGGUGAAGACGGUGAGCUCGCCGAGGCCGAACUUCAGGAUAUCAUCAACAUCAAAGCUUUGGAACAUGAUACUGCCAAGCAGCAGAGCUAUAUUGCGAUGUUCUUUGGCUGGGGCUCCGGAAAGUUGCACACGGCUCGUCGCGUGCAGCUUGUGGUUUGGCUGCAGAUUCUUCAGGAGUGGGUUGGCAUUGCCGGCAUCACAAUCUAUGGGCCUACGAUCUUUACCAUUGCUGGUAUAAGCUCUGAACAGCGCCUUUGGGUUAGUGGUGUCAACAACAUUACUUAUAUGUUCGCGACCCUGAUUUGUGUAUUCACUCUUGAUCGCAUUGGUCGGCGGUGGACUUUGUACUGGGGCGCAGCCGGGCAAGGAAUAUGCAUGUUUUGUGCCGGCGGAUUAGCUCGCGCAACUUUGAAUGCCGACCCCGGGAAUCGUUCUGGACUCGGUGGCGCUGCAACAUUCUUCGUCUUCUUAUACACUGCCAUUUUCGGUGCUACAUGGCUUACUGUUCCUUGGCUCUAUCCGGCCGAAAUAUUCCCGCUUCAAGUCCGCGCGAAGGGUAAUGCUUGGGGUGUUGUUGGAUGGUCUAUCGGAAAUGGGUGGACGGUACUGCUUCUUCCAACGAUCUUCGAGAAACUUAACGAGAAAACCCUCUACCUCUUCGGCGCCGUUAAUGUUCUCUGCAUCGUUAUCGUUUGGGCACUAUAUCCAGAGUCCAACCAGCGCACUUUGGAGGAGAUGGAUCUCGUUUUUGCCAGCGACAGCAUCUGGAACUGGGACGCAGAGAAGAAAUUUGCUGAGCUCAAGGCUGAGAAUCCGGCCUUGGUUCGUGCAGCGAAGAAAGGUCACCCGAUCGAUCACGCGGAGGCAGGUAUUGUAUCAUCCUCUCCAGAGACGCCCGACAAAGUCAUUUGA